AUGGGUUAUCAAGAAGACCCCGAGUCCAAAGCCGUCGAGGCUCCCAAUGUUUCCGACACAUCCCCUGGUGUUCUCAUCGACCACAAUACAGUCGACAGAGAAUAUGGCCGAACUGUGCGAGGUCUCUCCCCUCGCCACGUCCAGCUCAUGGCCAUCGGUGGCUCCAUCGGUACUGGUCUCUUCGUUGGUAUCGGUGGUGUUCUCUCAAAAGCUGGUCCUCUCUCUGUGGUUCUCGGAUACUUGAUCUGGGGUGUCUUUUUCGUUUGGCCCUGUAACCUGUGUGUUGCAGAGAUGUGCUCUUAUCUUCCUAUCCGUGGUUCCAUCUUUGAGCUUGCUGCUCGUUUCGUCGACCCUGCGCUUGGCUUUGCAAUGGGAUGGACAUAUUUCUACGCUGGUCUAAUGCUUGUUUGUGUCGAAUACAGUGCUGUUGCGACUCUUAUGCAAUAUUGGGUUCCUGAUAUAAAUCCUGCAGCUUGGGUCGCCAUGGCCAUGGUCAUCUGCGUUCUUCUCAACGUUGUUGCUGUCAAGUACUACGGUGAAGCCGAGUUCAUCAUGGCAUCCCUCAAGGUUAUUCUUCUGUUCGGUCUCCUCUUCAUCACUCUUAUCACCAUGUGUGGUGGCAACCCCAAGGGCGACGCCUACGGUUUCCGCUACUGGAAGGGUGGCAAGGCUAUGAGACCUUAUCACGCAGAGGGCGAUCUUGGACGCUUCUGCGGUUGGUGGAAGGUUAUCCUUUAUGCUGGUUUCACCAUUGCUGGCCCCGAUAUGAUCUCUCUGUCUUCUGGUGAAAUCGCUAACCCUCGACGAACCAUUCCCCGAGUUGCCAAGCUCAUCUUCUACCGACUUGUUGGUUUCUACGUCCUUGGAGUUUUGGCCGUCGGUGUCAUCUGCAGUUCCGACGAUACACGCCUGCUUGGUGCCAUUGAGAACAGCGCUGCUGGUGCUGCUUCUUCCCCCUGGGUCAUUGGCAUUGAGAACCUUGGUAUCCACGGUCUUCCCGAUCUGAUCAACUUCCUCAUCCUCACAUCCGGUCUUUCUUGUGGCAACGCCUACCUCUACUCCUCGUCCCGAACUCUCUACGGUCUUGCUCGCGAUGGUCAGGCCCCUGCUUUCCUCAUGAAGUGUAAUAAGGCCGGUGUGCCCAUGUACUGUGUUCUCGUCGUCAGUCUCCUCAGCUGCAUCACCUUCCUCGUCGCCGGCGAGUCCUCCGUCACCGUCUUCUUUUGGUUCGUCGACCUUACCACGACCGGUCUCAUCGCCACCUACACCAUGAUGAUUGUCGUCUUCAUCGGUUGGUACCGCGCUCGCAAGGCACAGGGUCUCGACAACUCUGCUCUGCACUACGUCGCCCCCUUCAACCCCUACGCUGCCUACAUCGGCCUGUUCCUGGGUACCAUCGCGCUCAUCUUUAUCGGCUUCGACAAGUUUGACCCUUGGAGUACUCAGGGUUUCGUCACCAGCUACUUCUGCCACGGUUAUGCCGCCAUCCUCUUUGUUGUCUGGAAGGUCCUCAAGAAGACCAAGUUCGUCAACCCCAAGAGUGCCGAUCUUGUCAGUGGCAAGAAGGAGGUCGAUGAGGAGUGCAAGCACUGGGAGGAGGGUGGUAUUGAGGAGAACUACAAGCGUGAGCUUGCUGCCAUGUCUUUCUGGAAGAGGAACUGGGAGCGUAUCUGGUAA